AUGCCGACCUCUGGUGAGCGCCGUGAAAUUGUGAUCGUUGGUGGUGGUAUCAUUGGAUGCUGCUCAGCCUAUUACUUGACCAGACAUCCUUCUUUUGAUCCCUCACGGCAUUCGGUGACUCUGAUCGAAGCAUCCGACAUUGCAGGAGGGGCGUCGGGCAAAGCAGGAGGCCUUCUGGCAUUGUGGGCUUACCCGAGCAAUAUCGUCCCACUGAGCUACAAGUUGCAUGCGGACUUGGCUAAAGAGCAUAAUGGCAAGGAGAGAUGGGGUUAUCGAGAAGUCAAAUGUGGGCAGCUCAUGGCGAAGGGCCGUCCUCUCAGUGACAAGAAAGAUACCGGCGCAGGAGCAAGCGGGAGCUCGGUGUCGCUACAGAAGCGGAGCGCCGAUGCUAUGGGGAAAUUGAAAGCUGCAAAGUUCCCCAAAGAUCUAGACUGGUUUGAGCCCGAGUCUGUGAGAAGCUACACAAGCAUGAGCGAUCCCGGAGAGACUGCACAGGUUCAUCCUUAUCUCUUUACGACUUCUAUCGCUAAGCUUGCCGAAGAGAAGGGCGCAAAGAUUAUUCUGGGUUCGGUUACUGGCAUCGACUAUUCCGGAGAUGCUGUCCAGUCAGUAUCAUAUACCGAUAAGAAGACGGCCGAAUCGCGCAGCAUCUCAGCAACAGACGUUGUUGUUGCUGCCGGUCCUUGGACGAGGUCGGUCUUGCCAGAAGCCCCUAUCACGGCAACUCGCGCACAUAGUGUUGUUAUCCGGCCAGUUGAGCCAGUCAGCGCAUACACUCUUUUCACCAGCAUUGAUCUCCCGGCCAACUUCGAUCCUACGAAGCCUUCUCGGCCUGAUGAGGCAGCGCCAGAGAUUUACGCUCGCCCAGACAACACGGUCUAUGCAUGUGGUGAAGGCGACCACGUCGUUCCACUUCCAGAAACCAGCGCAGAUGUUGAAGUGGACCAAGUGCGAUGCCAGGACAUUAUCAACCAAGUCGGCAGCAUCUCUGAUCGACUCCGUGAUGGCGAGGUCUUAGCCCGACAGGCUUGUUACUUGCCUAAUGUGGCUGCUGCACGCGGAGGUCCAUUGAUUGGCCAUACUGGCACCAAGGGGUUAUACCUUGCUGCUGGUCAUACUUGCUGGGGCAUACAGAACGCGCCGGGUACUGGCAAGCUGAUCAGCGAAUUCGUUUUCGAUGGUGCAGCUAAGAGCGCGAAGAUCAGUUCUCUGGAUCCGAGGAAUUUUCUAUAG